AUGGACAUACCCGGCCCGUCGAAUAUCACAACGGGCUCCAGUAACGUCGUCAGGCCCAUAUCGGUGUACUAUGCCCCGACAACGCCGCCGCCGAUUCAACAACUUCCGCAACCAGCAUUACAGCCGGCUCAGUUAGCAGCACUGAAUCCGGCAUUUGCUGCCACUUUCUUGCCGUUUCAAUUUUACCAAAAUUCGCUGAAUUUACUUCAAAUGCCAAAGACGCAAUACUUAGCGAGAUCCGAGAUUAGUGCAUUCAAGGAAGUAAAUGAUUUACGUACGGCAGUGAACAUGAUUCUACCAAUGCUGCCAAUAUAUCAGCAACUUCCCAAUAGUCUCAACGCGGCGGCAACCGCUGCUCUUGUGUCACAGCAACCACAACUGUCGUCGGUGUUGACGCAAAAUCUUUUGCGAAAACGUUCCGCGGCGGUUGGUCCCCAGCCAAAUUCUGCGUCGAUUCCUGAGUGCCCGGUGUCCAUGCGCAACGUAUUGAGUGCAUCCCAGCUACAAAACGCUCUGUUUCUGAAUCAAUUUAUGAUGCCUCCAGUGCCCUCCGUUUCGCCGACUCUUCCAACAGGCCAACUUCCAAUUCCAACACAAGAUCGGCCAAUUAUAACAAGUGAAGAGCAAGGCGUCAAAUGGAGCAGCCCGUCCAGCGUGGAUAGUAACGGACAGAAGACUGACAGCUCAACAGCUUCCGCUAGCGAUUCGCACAACAUCGACAUCGUUGGUGACGGUAGCGAAUCUUCGACAUCAUCAGCGAGUGCUCAGGAUCAGAUUGCGCAAUCCAUUUACAAUGCCGUUCAAAACGCGGCUGCGCAACAGAAAGCCCAAGCUGAGUUGGCCAGUGUCCUUAAAGGUGAUGCGAGCAUGUUUUUCCCAAAUGCUGCUCAGCCUGUGGCCGCCGCUACUCAAGCUCCCGCCUCGAGCGCUGCUAAACUUUCGACAGCUGGGCCAGAGAGAAAACCAAGAAAGCCAGUAAACGAUGAUAUUGUCAAGAUCGUGCGUCAACAGGACCUUCGUCCAGAAGCCAUUGCAACCAUUGAAAUUCCAGUUCCAAAAGCCGUUGAAUCUGACCCAGGCUUCCGCCCGGUUUCGGAGCAGCAGAUCAUUCAACAAAUUAUUCAAGGCAAGAAAUACGAAGAGAUGGAAGUUGGAGAAUGCAUGAUUCAACUCUGCAAGAAGCUUGCUGAAAAACGUGUCUUCGGACCACGUCUUAUGUCGCAGACAACUGUCGCAGGUCUCAACCACUCCAACUAUUCAAAUUUGCCUAUCAAAGGCAUCUGCUACAUUCAACAUGUGUGCUGGAAGGUUCUUCGCAACCGCUUUGGACACGAUGAAGAGUUUUGGGAUAAGUUCCGUGAGGCGAUGCGCAAGUUGGCGGCUCGUUGCCGUCGCGUUCGUCACGCCAAGAAAACCAAACAUAACCGCGAAGAAUCGUUGGCGCAGCAGGAGUUGCUCGCCAAACGCUUCGGCGAGGACGGCGUGUUGAAUGUGCCAUCAAGCUUAUCGCACACGAUUCAAAGUCUUGGACUUGGCAAUCUUCGCCCAAAGACGGAGGCAAACCUUGAAAGUUUGCUGCCCAACAAUGACGCGAGCAAUAUCACGAUCGGACAACUCGGACAUCUUGAGCUCCAAAACAUUGCUGACACGAAGUCAUUUAAGAAUCUAGGCGAGCAAGAGACAAACGUCGUUCAGUCGCUUUUGCGAAUGGCCAAUAAUGACUUCGGUGUCAAGUCAGAACCACUCUCGCCAGCUUAA